GUCAAAUCGACGGCGGCCAGCCCCUACACAGUAGCCUGGGGCACCUUCACGCCUUCCACGGCAUGCCGGCUGGUCUAGAUCCCGUCCUGGAGAGCCUCUCUUCCUCGCCCCCGCCCGCCUUCUCUCUUUUCUCCCUCUCCCCCAUUGCGGAAUUGCGGUCUCGGGAAGCCACCUACCUAGCUGUACGGCACCGUACCCACCCAGCUGGACGGCACGAUCGCUCACCUCGGCCUCGGGCAGUAACGUCACCACUCACGCCCGCGCACCUCUUCCACAUACUGUCGACUACUGACUCGUCCUGGCUGGCCGGCGGCGUACGGACGGACAAGCUAACCCUCUCUCUUAUGCAUUGCCCUCCGCCCUGCCUGGGUUACUUAUUGGCAGUCCAACUUCCACCUCAUCAACGCCACGGGGUUGACCUGGCAAGCUUGCACACACAAGCGCGCAGAGACGGGCGACGGUGUCGCCGUCCACGGCCAGCCACUGGGAUUCUCGCAGCCCCCCCCUGCAAGCACAACUCCGCGGCGAAUCUGGAACCCACUCGUUUGCUGCUCUGCCCUACAAUACGACCAAGGCAGAUGGGCACAUGUGCAUGCACAGGUCACGGCGCUGGAUGACUUGUCUUAGGCGACGACCAUCUUGAUACCGACAGGACCAAAACAGCAACAGGCACAGCACAUCACGGGGCUGACCUGAGAUCUGCAGCCUCUUUGCCGACGGAUUAGACGCCACAUGCCGUUUUACCUCGAGACGAAACCUGGAUGCCAAUGGAGCCGCGCAAGAGCAGCAAGCUGGUGACCUGACGUAUGAGUGCCCAGACCCUUGUCGCGCGGAUCACGUACGUCUCUCGCAUCAAUAAUCCGUGCAAGUUCACACCUCCAGCAUCACUUGCAUCUCUUGCAACUCACUCCGAACCUUCCCCCUCGCCUCGCCUCCUUUUCACCUCUUUGAAACCCUCCGUUGCCAGGGCCAGAACCUCGACUACGCUUCCGACUGCCGAAUUCGCACCGGCUCGCACUUGCUGAGCGCCGCCACGUGCGAGUGAGUCUGCAAUCUCGGGGCCACGGCCAGUCUUGCCAGGCGUGAAGCUGCGAGGCCCUUGACGGCAGCGUCACCGCCGAGGCUUUGAACAAGCUGCAAGUCUAUUUCGUGCUGUGAGGCCCGUCCCUCACCAAGCGGCCCUUACAGACCAGCCUUUAUUACCUCUUUUCCCCUGGCACGGCCGAGACCGCUUCCAGUCCAGAGACACCCGGGCGGCUGGCUGGCUGACACCACCACUCCCAUUUUUAGGGGGAGUGUGAAGGAAAAGGGCGACGCGCAAUUAAGGGAUCUCUGGGGAGGACAAAAAUGGGUCGAAGUCGCGUCCUCUCGUUUAUGUCCCAGCUGUCUGGGCAUAGCAGACAAAACUCACAUAGCUCGACGCCCAACUCAUCGCCUCCCCACGACGGCCCAAACCCGCUGCGUGCGCCGAAUCCACACCGCAACUCGACACCUAUACAGCCUUCGUCCCCGAUCCACCCCUCGUCACCCGUGGACACGCCCGCGACAAGCAACCCCCGGGGCAGGAAUCGCAGCAACUCCGGCCGCCCCUUGUCCAUGGUACAGACCUUCCAGCCGCCCCUCAUGGACGUCGGCGACGACACACCGCCGGAGCUGCAGCCCAUCUUCACCUUCCUGAACAGCCAUUCCAAUAAGCUGUACCAGGAGGGCUACUUCCUUAAGCUCGAUGACCAAAAUACACACGGGCGACCCAACCCAGACCGAACAUGGACGGAAUGCUUCGCGCAGCUUGUAGGGACCGUCCUGUCGCUGUGGGACGCCGCAGAGCUCGACGCAGCGGGCGAGGACGGCGAGGUGUUGCCAAAAUUCAUCAACCUGACAGAUGCCUCCAUCAAAAUGAUCGAAUCACUACCCACGAGGUCCAACGACGAGCAACCGCUGCAGAACAUCCUAAGCAUAUCAACGGCGGGGAGGAAUCGAUACCUGCUUCAUUUUAACUCGCAUCACUCCCUGCUGCAAUGGACCGCAGGCAUCCGGCUGGCCAUGUUCGAGCACUCGACCUUGCAAGAGGCAUACACAGGCGCGCUGAUUGCCGGCAAGGGCAAGACGGUGAACAACAUCAACCUGAUCAUGGAGAGGGCAAGAUUCAAGACAGAAGCGUGGGUGCGCGUGCGGUUCGGUGCUGGAGUCCCGUGGCGACGUUGUUGGUGUGUCAUAUCGCCGCCGGACGAAAAGGAGUUCCAAAAGCAUCAGAAGGAGAUGAGGAAGAGGUCUCCAUACGACCAUUCGAAACCACCCGUGCUCAAGGGCGACGUCAAGUUCUACGAUACCAAAAAGGACGGGAAAAAGCAAAAGAAGACCAAGCCGAUCGCCUCCAUAACGGAUGCCUAUUCCUGCUAUGCAAUCUACCCCCAGGCAAAGUCCCUAAUCGACGCCUCGACCCUCAUCAAGAUCGAGUGCAACAUCACUAUUCACUCUGAUCCGCCGUCGUCGACCGAAGGCUUCGUCUUCAUCAUGCCUGAAGUGCCCCCGGCCGUCAAUGGGUUUGAGAUGCUGCUGAGAUUCAUGUUUCCGACGUGGGAUACUUUUGGCUUGUACGGCCGCCCCGGGCGGCUGGUGGCGAGUGUCCUCGACGCAAGAUCGCUCAUGUUCGCAAUGCCCAAACACAGAAGAUAUGGGUACCUGGAGAUACUCGAUGUGACGAACUUGAUCCUCACCGAGGGCAGCGGCUCAUGGUCGGAACGGGAGUGGAAGAAGAAGCUCAAGGAGCUGACGGGUCAGAGGAUGAAUGCGGUGGAUGACACGCCAGCCGCGGCCCGCAGUGACAGCCGCAGGAGCAAGCGCCUUAGCAUCGGCCCUUCUGUGCCAGUUGCUGCGAGGUCCAGAGGGGUGGGUUUCGCAGAUGAUGGGCCUUCCGUGCGGGCUUCUCGCUCGUUCUCCGCCUCCACCCCUGGCCCGCGCAACGACUCAGCUCCGCCCGGCGACAGGUCCCGUGGUCCCAACGCCAUGGCCGGGGUGACUGGCCACCAGCGCAACAGCUCAGACACCCAGAUACGUGGUCCGAACAGUCUCGAUGGCUUCGCGCCACAUCUCCAAGACGAACGGCAAGGACCGACGCCACCGCGCGGCCACACGCCCGCACGCUUCGCGAACGACCUUGCUCCCACACCAGAGCGUGUCAGUUCGGAGGAUGAUCAGCCAGGCCUGGCCCCACCAGUGCGAGAUCUAGAGGGCCUACACAACAUGAGCACCCCGGAGCCCGUUCAGGCGCCGCCGUCCUUUCAGCAUGCGGCCACGGCCCGUCCACAGAGGGCAUAUCAUUCCCCAGAACUCAGGAGGGCCACAAGCCGUCUGUCGAGCGCGACCCUGCAGCAGCUGGGCGUUGCCCUCCAGACUAAUACGGACCCUGCUCUGAUGGAAGGCGGCGGGGAGAGGUACAGUGAUGAGCAGAGCGCAGGCUCCUCAUCCGGGCAAGCAGACCCCCGGGGCUUAGCGGUACAUACCAAUGCUUACGCUAACUCGGUAGGAUCGUCUGCUAAUGAGAACCGAUCUCGUGAAGGACUGAGUGUCCCCGGGGGUAAUCCCACCCCGCCGCGGUCUCCGGGCAUGCCACCACCACAAAUGAGUCUGGAACAGAAGAGGUCCAGAUCUCCACUGGCACCCGGCGCCCAUGGCGAUGGACAAAGACGCCCCUCUCCGGCGCCGGGCCCAGCACAAGGGCCGGGCUCUGGUGGUCCGGGACCCUAUCCCCCGAGUCAUGGUGGCAGGGGUCACUUUGCUCCCGGCCAAGUGCCGCCAGGAUCACGCGGCCCGCCGCCCCCGCCUCACGGAGGUGGGCGGGGCCGUGGAAUGCCGCCGCCCGGGUAUGCACAAGAGAAUAGAGGACCACCUCCUGGGAUGAUGGGACCGCCUGGCCCGCAAAGCCAGCACCAACCUUACAACCCUGGACCUGGUGGGCCUCCGCCUAGCAGCCGCAGGACGCCGCCGCCCGGGGCCCAGCGAAAGCCCCUUCCGCCAUUGCAGACAGUCGGAUCCCCGCCGAUCCACAGGAAGCCACUGCCCGCACGGACAGACAGCCUCCAGUCCAGGGCAGCCUCUUCACGCCAGGGGUCUUCGCGAAGCAACACCGGCGACGUGACGCCAGUCUCCCCAUCGACCAACAGCAGUCUGCGCAACCACAUCCUGGAUGAAGCUGCGUUCCAGCUGGUCAACUCGCCCGAGGCGCACCCUCAUGAUUAUGACCAACAGGAUGCGUCGCGGCAGAGGCAGCGGCAGGGAACAAUGAGGAGCGAGGCUAGUAGCAACUACGAUGACACCGCAUCAACGGAUAGUCCUGACUAUGCCAGCACCCGCAAGUCUUCCGAGACUCAAGAAUCGCGGGAACGACCACGAGCCGGAGUACUGAAAACGGUUGGAGACACGGCAGGGUCGGACUCUGGCUCUGGCAGAUCACGGGUAGACAUGCCGGACAUCAACUUUGGCCCUACCCUGAACCUCGCCCAUGGUGCUGAGCGGACUGUCCCCGGCGGGCCUUGGGUCCCUCCGAACCCACCCACGUCUCAGCCACCAAGGUCAUUCUCUCCUGGACCGCGGAAGACUCCUGCCCCUACGACCCCUACUGCGAACAUCACACCUUUCACAGCCGAGUUCGGACACGCGCGAAACGAGUCCGAGGACACGCUCAAGCGUCGGAGCAUUGCCUGGCAGCCUGGCGUGGCCGUCGGCGGUGGCGGCGGGCGAGAUGGCGCACUUUCCCCUGAGGAGUUUGUGGCACAGCGAGCAGCCGCGGCGACGGCUCCACAGUACGCACACCAGCGCACUCCGUCGGGCAACGCGUUGGCGAACAUGGCCCCUUCUCCGCCAAUGGUGAAGCGCACCGGGAGUCAGGAUUAUCUCACCAAGCGGCACUCCCGGUCCGGCAGUGCAGAUCUGCUGCAGCGCCCUCCCUCCCGUGGCUCAGGUAACAUCCUGGGGGUGAACGGUAGCGGAGGAGCCAGUACGACCCUGUCAGCGCGUGAGCAAGAGCAUCUAGCCCGGACUACCGGCACGCCAUUGAUCAGCAUGGCUACCAACAGCCAGGGACCUCAGGCGCAGGGGCCCGGUCUCGUGGGAGCGAUUGAUGCGCGCGAGAGAGAAAAGGCACAGAUGAAGCAGGGUUACCAAUCACAGACGGUCCAGAACGCGAUCCAUCAGCGCCAGCAGCAGCAACACGCCCAGCAGCAACACGCCCAGCAGCAACACGCCCAGCAGCAGCAGUAUGCUCAGCAGCAGUAUGCUCAACAGCAGCAGCAAUAUGCCCAGCAGCAAAUGUACGGAGCGUCCAACAUGAGCAUGGCUAACAUGAGUAACAUGGGCAUGAGCCCGAUGAAUGCCCAAGCGCCGUCGACGUACGGCGGCAGCAUGGGGAUGCAAAGUAACAUGGGUUACAACGCGGGCAUGGGCCGUGGAGGCUACCCCGGCCAACAACCUGGCCCGCCGCGGUCAGCAACUCUGUCUCCACCGCCUGUUGGGAUAGGCAUGCCUGUGAGCCCCAUCAGCCCACGGUCCAUGAGCCCGGGACCCCGUUACGCCAUGAGUCCUCCACCUCUACAGCAAGGCGGUCCCCAGUACGGUCACCCUCAGGGUGGCUACGGGAAUCCCGGCAUGCAGCCUCCGAUGCGGAUGAACAGCCCCGGCCCCGGACAGGGCCCGAUGAGAAUGGCCUCUCCAGGACCAGGUCAAGGACCAAUGAGGAUGGCUUCGCCAGGCCCGGGCCAAGGGCCGAUGAGGAUGCAGAGUCCUGGCCCAGGCCAGAUGAGAAAGGCGUCUCCCGGUCCAGGAGGGUUCAGUCGGCCCAUGAUGAUGCCUCCUCAGGGGCAGUUUGUGCCUCAGGGUCCUCGUACGCCAGGCACCCCGGGUACGACGAGGGGCCCUAUGCCACCGCAUCAUCAGGGCCAUGCCUUCUGAAGGAGUCGCGAUGAACCACUUCGGUCUUGAAAGCCAACAUAUAUCUACACGUGGCCGGCUGGCCAGCUGACGUAAAGGCUGUCCCCAGUAGUGUAUUGAUGGGCUUGCAGGACCCAGGGGGCACAUAUACAUACAUACACACACGCACACACAUGAUGUGCAUAUUGGAAGGACGGGUGGGGUUUGGCUGUUCUUGUAGCAAAGAGAGCGUCUAGCAUAGCAUGACACCGCAUGGCAUGGCUUGGAGUGAAGCGGCUUUGGUAUAACGGGCAAAUGAUGGCCUGUGUCGCGCCAGCACAUUCUGCUGUUUUUAUUGUAUAUUCAACGUCCCCAACUUGAUUACACAAAAAGCAAAAUACGCCUCUUGGGCGAUAUUGAACGUGAACGAGGUGAACGAGCUUCAGACCCUCAAGUGCCAGGCGGCUAGUCUUUUAGCAACCGCAAACUGGUGCGUCCAGGUGUCUUGUGAGUGCUGCCAUUGCGAUACCCCGAUAGGAUGUGUAUCCGUCUCCUUGUAUAGAUUUGGGAAUCGAGAAUAUGCUCAGCAAUGCAUAGACCCGCCAUGUUGGUCUCACGGCCAGGCUUUUGUGUCUUACUUGCGCUUUGUAAGUGGCGAGUCAGGACCAGCCGUUUAAAUACACACUUAUUGCCCAGGUGGUCCCCUAAACAUAAACAGACACCUAGUGCAAGAAUCCGCAAGCAGCACAUCCUACGGUUUCAGAGCCUAUACCAGAUAGGGACAUACUUGAUUGAAA